AUGCCAUUCAUUGAAAAUGGUGAAAUCGUCAUGAAAGAUAACACAACUGUCUCAAAGUCUGUUCGUGAUAUUUUAGACUACUUGCUUCAUUUGGAUCCUACAGGAUUUGACCCAUAUACAACUCAAUGUCAAGUACCAUUCAUAAACGACUCAGCAGAAAUAAAACUCAAAACGUCAACAGUAGAUGAAGCAAUUGCUGACUCAUUGACAAAACUUCUUGAUAUAAUAAUGAGGUUCAAUACAUUCAAAACAACAUAUGAAACCUUUAAGAAAAAUUAUGACGAUUUCUUUAAAAUUACAUACAUCGGGCCUACUGCUCCUCAAACACCAGACUAUGCAUGUCUUAAAAUAAACGCUGCAUGGACACAAGUUAGAACACUGACUUUUGACGGAGAUAAUAUCGUUAGAGGCGUUACAUCUGGAGACACAUUACUUACGAAAGAAUACUUAAAAAGUCAUAUCAGUGAUUUUGUGAAAGUAGAACAAAGUGGAGGAGGUAAGAGUUGGUUAGGGUGGUUGUUUGAUUUAUUUUCAGCAGGUGUAACAAUUGCAUCUCUUAUAACCAUGCAAAGUGAGAUAGACGCACUUUGGACGUUUUUGGGGUCGAAAGCGGGAAUGGGUGAGCUUGUAGAUGCUGCAAGAACAUUAGGUGAAACGGGAAAUUUUGUAGAUGGUUUUAAGAGACUUGUUUCAAAUGUUUUAACAAACACAAAGAAAUUAUUUAGAUAUACCGUACAUAACGGACAGAUUUUCGAACAGGUAGCAACAAACCCUCCGGUUAUGGCUGCGUUGAUGAUGGCUAGAGACAUAAAGCCGCGUAGCGGCGAGGGCAAAGCCCAUGAAGAAACAGGAGAACCAAAGGAUACGGGUCAGGUUAUUCGAGAGAUUAAAAACGUAUAUCCUGAAGUUAUUGAUUUAUUUAGAGGUGUUAAUGAUUCGAUUUCAAAUCAUUCUAUAACCAUUGAUGAAGAAAAUAAAUUAACAGAUUAUAUAUUCGUCAUUAUUGCAGAACUAAUGAAGAGAAUAAAUGAAAAAGGUAUUGAUGAUAUCAUUAAUGUUAGCGAUGUAAUGAUGAAACGAAAUUUUGACUCAUUAUUUACAGAACCGAAAACAGAAUACAGUCUUUAUGACGUAAUUACUGAAUUAAUGAAAAAGAUUAAUGAUAAUAAGAGUUCUGGCGGAAGAGUUGAAUUAGAAAUGAAUGAUGUUAAUGAGAAAUUAGAUAGUAAGGCGGACAAAGACCAUGUUCAUUAUAUAAGUUCAGAUGAACAAAUUAUAAUGGACUACCACGGAUAUUUAACACAGGAUGAACAAAUAAGCACUGAAGAUGUUAAUGAAAGAAGAUAUAAAUUCAUUCGUGCUAAAGGUUAUGACAUACGUUGUCCUGUACAGUAUGACACAGGUAAAGCACCAGAAGCAUUUGGUUAUAACAAUGAAAUUUAUGCUUCAUACUUCUUUGUUAACGGUGUAUUAGUUGAACCAAGAUUUACUUUGAGAGUUAAGGCAAAAAUAACUUUUGAAGAUGCUAUUAAAAGUAAAGCUGACAAAAAUGAACUUGACGCAAUGAACAAAGUUUUGAAAUCUCAUAAACACAAUAUCUCCGAUAUAAAGGAACUUCAAACUUCUUUAGACAGUAAAGCAGACAAAAAUCAUACACAUGAAUCCUUCACUACUGUUAGAGCAGACGACAUAAUAUUGAACUAUACCCUUGGUUCAAGUGCACCUUUAGAGAAUCCAAGUACAAGCGUAAAAGAUACUCUUAACAAUUUAGAUAACAAAUGCACUAAUAUUGAAGGACAUGUCAGAAACUUUGAAACACAUGAACUACCAGCAAUGUUAGAUAAGAAAGCAGACAAAAAUCAUACACAUGAAUUCUUCACAACUAUUAGAGCUGAUGAGAUAAUAUUGAAUUGGGCUAUUGCUUCAUCAAGCAUGCGUGAUGAAGAUAUGCACACUAACCUAAGAGAUAUGGUUGUUGAUUUAGCCAAUAAAACCGACAAAAUAUAUGUAGAUGAAGAAUUAAAUCGUUAUGAUACAAAAGCAAUGAGUUAUACAGAAGAAGCAAAGGAAUGGGUAGAUGAAAAUUAUGUGAAGAAGUCAGAAGUAAACGAGGCGGUUAAUGGUAAAAUAAAUGAAAGAUUUUCGAACAUAGAUUCAAUAACAGUUAAUGACAUUCAAUUACACCAUCAGUUACCGGGUCAAAAGAAUGUGGAAUAUAAUAAUCUUACUCAUGUUCUCGAUGGUUUCGAUGAAUUUAGAACUGAUGCAACAAAUGCAAUUGUAAGUAUGAAGAAUGAAAUAUUGCAAGCUAUAUAUCCUGUUGGUUCUUUAUAUACGUCAAUGAAUUCAACAAAUCCAGCAAGUGUUUUAGGUUUUGGUACGUGGGAACAGAUUGUAGACAAAUUCUUAUACUGUGCUAACUCUUCAAAGCAAACAGGAGGUUCAAAGAAAAUUUUAGAAGCAAAUCUUCCACCACAUAAGCACACAGGAACUACAAACUUUUCUGGCGACCAUAGCCACUCAUUAAGAGACCACCCAUUAUACAACUCAGACUAUGAAGCUGGCAAUGACGUUUUAUCUCCAUCUUAUAACAAUUCAGCAAAAAAGACUUUUCGACCAACUGAACCAGGAGGAAAUCAUUCACACACUUUCACAACAAAUCCAACAGGCUCGGGUGAAGAUUAUAUGCCCCCGUAUAUGACAGUUUAUGCAUGGGUUAGAACAGCAUGA